UCUUCUUCUCCAAAGAGACUGGCUUGGUCAGCAAAAGCCAAACACAAUGAGAUCCUCUUCCGCACUUCAAACUGUCACCAUCUUCAGCUCUCUACCCAAAACCUUCAUAGGCUUUAAUGCACAGCCACACUCUCAGUAUCUGCAACUUUCAAAACCCAAGAGAUGUUUACUGAUAAUAACAAUGAGAGACAGAAGCAAGAACCCGAGGCCUUUGCAGAAGGGAAGGAAUCUCAGCAUCGAAGCCAUUCAGACAAUUCAAGCUUUGAAGAGAGCCAAGAAAAACGAGGGUCUUAUGGAGCAAGUCUUCAAUUCUAAGUUCAGGCGCUUAUUGAAGCUCGACAUGAUGGCCGUGCUCAAAGACCUCCUACGCCAAAAUGAAUGCUUCUUGGCCCUCAAGGUCUUUGAUGACAUUAGAAAGGAGUACUGGUAUAAGCCACAGGUUUUGCUUUAUGCUGAUAUGAUCAAGGUAAUGGCUAGCAAUGAAUUGUUUGAACAAGUCGAAAAUCUAUGCUUGUGCUUGAAAAAGGAAACUAAUUUACAGCCCGACAUUGAGGGUUUUAACGCUCUGUUGACAGCAUUAGUAAGUUUUAACCUCCCCAUACUUGCUAUGGAGUGCUAUUACUUGAUGAAAGGGGUUGGGUGUGAACCAGAUAGAUCAUCAUUUAGAAUACUUAUUAGAAGUCUAGAAUCAAUGGGAGAGACAGGUCCUUUAGGUAUUGUAAGGCAGGAUGCUCAACAUUUGUAUGGCGAGUCACUGGAGUUUCUAGAGGAGGAUGAAGAAAUGGCAGUGAGUCAAUGAUGACUUCGUCGGAUAUGAUUAUAUGAUAUUGCCUUGCAAGGAAUUUGUAUGAAAAUCUGGGCCAUGAUGGAUAAAAAUAUUGAUUUCAUCUCCCAUAGGAUAAACUGAGACCGAAGUUCUAUGUAAAACUUAGAAGAAGUAUGCAAUAGCCUAAAAGUUGGGAACGGAUCAACUUGGUUCUUUGUAAGACUUAAACACUUUCUGAGUUGGUUCUCAUUAACUUUUUUGGUCUGAGUACUCGUUCACUUUGACAAAGUA